AUGCCUACCAUUACGGUUGACAAGGCCGCUCUCUUCAAGGAGCUGGGCCGGGAGUAUACAACUGAAGAAUUUGAUGACCUGUGUUUCGAGUUUGGCAUUGAACUUGACGAAGAUACCACCGACUCCGACCGCCCGAUCGUCGACGGAAAACAGGAACCUCCACAGCUUAAGAUCGAAAUUCCCGCCAAUCGAUAUGAUCUCCUUUGCUUCGAGGGCAUCGCGUUGAUGCUCAAUAUUUUCCUGCAGCGCAAGUCUUUGCCUCAUUAUAAGUUGGUCGAGCCGGCGAAUGGCCAACUUCAAGAGAUCAUCGUUAAGGAAGAUACCACAAAGAUUCGACCCUAUGUAUCGGGUGCUAUUCUUCGGGGUGUAAAGUUCGACCAGGCUCGCUACGCUUCUUUCAUUGCCCUUCAGGAUAAGCUGCACCAGAACCUGGCCCGCCAAAGAACCCUAGUCUCAAUCGGUACUCAUGACUUGGAUACCGUUCAAGGCCCAUUCACCUAUGAGGCUUUGGCUCCCAAGGACAUCAAGUUCGUUCCAUUGAACCAGUCCAAGGAGAUGAACGGCGAAGAAUUGAUGACUUUCUACGAGAAGCACCAGCAGCUGGGCAAGUUCUUGCACAUUAUUCGUGAUUCCCCGGUAUACCCAGUGAUCUACGACUCCAAGCGCACUGUGUGCUCUUUGCCUCCGAUCAUCAACGGUGACCAUUCAAAAAUCACCCUGAACACCACCAAUGUUUUCAUUGAAAUUACCGCUCUCGACCGGACAAAGCUUGAGAUUGUGAACCGCAUGAUGGUCACUAUGUUUGCCGAGUAUACUUCGGAACCCUUCACCAUUGAGCCUGUCAAGAUUGUGUCCGAGCACAACAAUGAAACCCGCAUUACCCCCGACCUAGCUCCUCGCACCACCCAGGCGGAAAUCUCCUACAUCAACGCCUGCUGCGGCUUGAAUCUUACUGCUGACGAGAUUUGCAAGCUGUUGACGAAGAUGGCCUUCAGUGCUAAGCCCUCAACCACUAAUCCUGACCUCAUCGACGUCAGCAUUCCCCCUACCCGUGCCGAUGUCCUGCACCAAUGCGAUAUUAUGGAGGAUGUUGCCAUUGCCUAUGGCUUCAACUCGCUUCCUCGUGCAUUCCCUAACAUAUCUGGCACUAUCGCUCAGCCUCUUCCAAUUAACAAGCUGUCCGAUAUUAUCCGUGUUGAGGCUGCCAUGGCUGGAUGGUCUGAGGUGCUGCCUCUAAUUCUAUGCUCGCAUGAUGAGAAUUUUGCCUGGUUGAACCGCAAAGACGACGGCAACACUGUCGUCAAGCUGGCCAACCCGAAGACUGCUGAAUUCCAGGUUGUCCGCUCAACCCUGCUCCCCGGUCUGCUGAAGACCAUCCGCGAGAACAAGCACCAUACAGUACCCAUGAAGAUCUUUGAGGUCAGCGAUGUCGCGUUCAAGGAUCUUUCGUUGGAACGCAAAAGCCGCAACGAGCGCCACUUUGCUGCUGCAUGGUAUGGCAAGACUAGUGGUUUCGAGGUCGUGCACGGUCUCAUGGAUCGCGUUAUGGCCAUGCUCCGGAGUGAUUACAUCACUGGUGAGGAGGAGGUCAAGGCCCUUCCUGGGUCUGACUCGCAGUACUUCAUCAAGGAGCUGGAUGAUCCUACUUACUUCCCCGGUCACUCUGCCUCCAUUCACGUACGUGUUGAUGGUAAGGAGCAUGUUAUCGGUUCUUUCGGCAUCUUGCACCCCACUGUGCUGGAGAAGUAUGAGCUUAAAUAUCCUGUCACCACUCUGGAAAUUAACAUCGAGCCUUUCCUGUAA